AUGACAAACUACAGAUCAAAGUCAUCCAGCAAUGCCCAAAUGCAAACUCAACCUCAUCAUGCACCACCAGCCAACUUCAGGUCUCACAGCACUUCUUCCCACUCUACGCCGAGGCGGAAGCUGAAGAAAGAGCCGAAAUGCUGGAGCUUCAGUGAUCCUGAGUUUCAGAGGAAGAGAAGGGUUGCUAGCUACAAAGUUUAUUGUGUUGAAGGCAAGCUCAAAGGCUCUGUUAGAAAGAGUGUUAGAUGGCUCAAAAAUAGAUACACUCAGAUAGUUUAUGGUUGCUGGUGGUGA